UCUCGUGGAAACAAUACGUGUCGCGUAAUUUGCGUCGUCCGCAAAACUUAAUACUAACUAAAAGAAUUACUUGUAGUUUAAAAAAAACAACAAAUAUUUGUUUAUCUUUACUGGAAGCAUACGUGACUAUAGCCAGUGACGUCAUGAAAACGCGACGCCCAAAAAGCCGCCACCCUGCAACGAGCCGCUCCAGUGUAGGCCCGCGUCCUGCUGGUCGUCUUCAGGAAGACUCGAAAAGGGUACAGCAGGCCACUUGGAGAUGCUUUUCGAGUGAGGCUGUUGGGAAAGUCCAGUCAACACAUUACCACCUGGUGUACACUUGCAAGGUGUGCAGCAGCAGAUCCACUCAGAAGAUCUCCAAGCAGGCCUAUCACAACGGGGUCGUGAUCGUGACGUGCGCGGGCUGCAAGAAUCACCACAUCAUCGCCGACAAUCUGGGCUGGUUCUCUGAUCUGGAAGGGAAGAGGAACAUCGAGGAGAUCCUGGCUGCCAAAGGGGAGACGGUGAAGAGGCUGGAAGGAGGCGACGCGCUCCAAGUCGUCCUGACCCAGGAGGAACUGCCGCGUAGUCCUCCUCACCAGGAAACACCCAACAAAGACACGGACAAGGACACAUGAACAUGUGCAUGAUUCGGUCACCUGGUCAUUUUUGAUAAGAACCACUCGUCCUCGUUGAGGUUGCAGGGGGAGCAGGAGCUCAUUCAGCAGAUUUUGGCAGAGGCGCAGACGUAUCUGGACAAAAAAAAAAAAAGUGUUCGCAAUCAUACUCGCAUUAAUUGACAAUUUAAGAGUCUUUUAGAUUUUGUUUGUUCUGUUUUGGGGCGGAAUGUUGGAGGAAUCCAGACUGCCCGGACGGAGAGAAUUCACAUAAUCACUGGGAGAACAUUCCAAACUCAGAAGCUCACAACUGUCAGGUUUUGCUUCUUCCCCUGCUAGUUUUUGACUUCCAACGAAAUAAAAGCGUUUUCCUUUAAAAGAUCACGUAGUGCUGACAACUAAAUUUGCACUUUUGUCAUUCGC